AUCUUGUGAUUUUAUUCCCGAAUUUCAAUAGACAUUCUUCCUCCAUUUUCUCCCAGCUCAAUCUCAAUCUCCGAGUUGAUUCAUCCCAGAUUUCGGACAAAUAACCCAGUUCGAAUUCUGGAUUUUGCCUCUUCUCCUUCUCCUUCGUGAUUUCGUUUACCGAAUCGAAGAAGGGGAAGAAGAGAGGACGCGAUGAAGGGUAAAAAUGCCAAGGUUUCAGCGAAAUGGAUUCCCAUUUUCUCCAUUUCCUUCUUCCUGAUUGGCAUGGUUUUCACCAACAAAUUUUGGGGUUCGUUGGAAUCGAAUAAUCAGCUCAUAACUCAGCAGAGAAGGGAUCAGGAGCUGCAGAUCGUCUCCGAGGAUUGCAAUACUAAGAAAAAGAAGGCAGAAGAUAGGAGUGAUGUAAUGAAGGAGGUUUAUAAAACACAUGAAGCAAUCCAAGGAUUGGACAAAUCGAUUUCGAUGCUCCAGAUGGAGCUCUCUGCAUCUAGAAGUGUUCAAGAGAAGAGUAGAGACGAUGUCCCUUUGCCAACUGCUAAUCAAGAGCCUGUCAGGAAGAAGGCAUUCAUGGUCAUUGGUAUAAACACGGCGUUCAGUAGUCGAAAGAGGCGUGAUUCUGUCCGGGAAACUUGGAUGCCUCAAGGUGAUAAACUCCGCAGAUUGGAGGACGAGAAGGGGAUUGUUGUGAGGUUUAUGAUUGGCCACAGUGCAACGUCGAACAGCAUAUUGGAUAGAGCUCUCGACUCUGAAGAAGCUCAACAUAAGGACUUUCUGAGGCUGGAGCACGUUGAGGGAUAUCAUGAAUUGUCGGCAAAAACAAAGAUUUUCUUUGCCACUGCGGUUGCGAAGUGGGAUGCUGAUUUUUACGUGAAGGUGGACGAUGAUGUUCAUGUUAAUUUGGGUACUUUUGCUGCAACUCUUGCUCGUCAUCGAUCAAAACCCAGAGUCUACAUCGGUUGUAUGAAAUCCGGACCUGUUCUUGCUCAGAAGUCUGUCAAGUACCACGAGCCCGAGUAUUGGAAAUUCGGAGAAGACGGAAAUAAAUAUUUCCGCCAUGCAACUGGGCAGAUUUAUGCCAUUUCGAAGGAUCUGGCUACUUACAUCUCGAUUAACCAGCACAUACUGCACAAGUAUGCCAAUGAAGAUGUGUCGCUUGGUUCUUGGUUUAUUGGUCUUGAAGUCGAGCACAUUGACGAGCGUAAUAUGUGUUGUGGUACUCCGCCAGAUUGUGAAUGGAAGGCACAAGCAGGCAAUGUGUGCAUCGCCUCGUUCGACUGGAGCUGCAGUGGAAUCUGCAAAUCAGUAGAAAAGAUCAAAUUCGUGCACGAACAAUGUGGUGAAGGAGAAGAGGCCCUUUGGCAUGCUUUAUUGUAGGAUCUCACACACGAGAUAAGAAAGAAAAGAAAAAAGAAACACACGCAGUAGACUGUACAAGGCACGUAGAUCAUCAACACCAUCACCACGCAGCAAUACUUGUAUGCGUAUAAACAGAUUCUAUACCUUACUCAACAUAUUUCUUUGAAUACGAAUAGACCAGGAGCUGAAUUGAGUAGACUACGUUUCUCCUAACCGGAAAUGGGAGGUCAGAUAUAUGUAUACAUUGUUUAGAUACUUGAGAGAAACGCGACCUUGUGCGCGUUGAGUAGAAGUAGGGCUGGUGGUUUUCGCCGUUCGAGUUUGUUGUAGUGGCGGUGGUGGUGAUUCUGCUUUGUUUGUGGAAGCACCAUUGUUGGAUUUUUGUUGCUUGUAUGGACUAAGUUUUGUGUGAGCCUAUAGAUGUCUUAUCAGACAAAACACAUUCUGGAAAAA